CUGCUAUUACUGCUUUUGAAACCGCACAAUCGCUUAGUAUACUCUAUAAGGUAUUUACGGUCUUAUAUAGGAUCCUAGAUAGCACACUUUUGCAAGAAUUAGAGACCUCAACCAUAUACGCUUGAUACGUACUUUCAACCCUGACUAAGCCACAUUUCCGACAGUUGGUUAUUGAAACGGAUAAACCAAUAAGGUCCAAGGAAUAGAUGGUCCUGGGCGCAAUGCACUCUGCUGGGCGGCCGCUCGAGGUAAGGAAGCUGCGUUUCAGCUGCUGUUGCAAACCCGCGGGAUGGGAUGGGACAAUUCAGACUAUAUGGGAAGAACUGCAUUAUUCCAUGCCGCUGUUAGGGGUUAUGAGGGCUUCUUCCAACAACUCCGAAUGCAGGGCAGUGAUAUUCAUCGACAAGAUCGAUUUGGGCUGACCCCUUGUUUGUGGCCGUCCUACUCGGCCAUAAAAAUUUGGUCCAGCAAAUACUUAGCCAUAAACCGCUUGCACAGAAGCCUCGGGACCGGUUUGGCAGGAGUCUGUCGUGGUGGAUGCAAGAAACGGGCAAUACCUGGAUGCGAGACUUCCUGGUUGAAUACGGUAUGCAGCUGGGAGAUGCACAUGACCAGUUGCAUCACAUAUUUCUAAGAGAGGCGUCGGUAGCUUGUGAUGUCUGUACACUCCCCUUUUCUCGAGAAGACCGAGGUGUUGAAUGUGGUUCUGGAUGCGCGAAGUACAGAAUCUGCCAUGCUUGCUGUCACUUUGGCGCAAAUAUGGACUUUGCGAAG